AUGGCUGAUCGGUCGCUGUCUCGCCAGGAUUCCAAGAGCGGGAAGGAGCGCUUCAAAAUAAUCGGACAGGUUAUUAUGGCCAUGCAGAGGUUCCAGGCCUCCAUCAACCCCACCUACAACUACGGCAAGGCGGAUGCCACAGCCGACCAGGACGCGGCCCUGCGUGCUGCUCACGCGCACAAGACGACCUUGGGCCGCACUGAGUCCCGUGAUCGCACCGCCAGCGGCCGCACCAUCAGCGGCCGCCCGACCAGCGCUGGGCAGGCGCAUGGUCACAAAGGCCACCUGCUGUUCCGGCCGCUCCCGGAGAUCCCAGCGGAGGCCAAGUAG